GGAAGCACCCAGGCUCUACAUCUAAGGAUGAUAUCUCCUGACAUCUCAGUCGGCUGAAAUGUCUCUACCGUCCUCGUCCCUCAAUCGCGCGACCAGUGUUCCUGCCAGUCAAAACACCGCCCCAGUCAUCAAAUUCCGAUGCCUAUAUACUCAUGAUGUUCGCCGCAAGGCAAAACGCUGGCAAGAUGGGUACCUCAAAUACCACACCUUCAACAAGCGCGCCAUGGUAUACGACGAUGCUGGAAAUUUCAUAGGCGAUCACCAUUGGCGGGAAAGCCACGACAUCGAGGAUGGUGAUGAGUUAGAACUCGACAAGGGCGUUUUAAUACAAGUUAGCGAGUGCAUGGAAACCACGCAGACUGAUAUAUCCGUGCUUUUCGACAAACGCAAAGCUAGUCAAGAAUCUCCGCAGCAGAAAACCCCGGCUCCUCCGCUGUCCUCCGGUAUUUCAUCAGCUUCAUACGCAAGACAAUCACCCCUGGCAAGACCAGUUAGGCCGUUCAACCCACUCAAACCACUAAAUGAUGUUUUGGGUAUUCAGAGAGGGCCUAUUGGUCGUUCAGUUACACCGCAAUCGCCGUAUGAGCAAUGUCAUCGUCCACAACGACCUACACAAGGCGAACGGCCCGCAAAACGACAAAAACCGACACCUACGUCAGAUAUCUUACAACAUAAAAGUACUAAUGGGCCGGUGCGGAGUCGACCGGAAGUAAUUAACUUGGAUAAUCCAAGCUUUGUCAAGCCAUCGCCGAAAGCUGUUCCGGUCUCGACUACCAAGCGAAACACAGAGAAGUCUACCGAUACCCCAAAAUCCUUGAUGGCAAACACGCAAAGACCUUCAGUGGAACAACAAUCCGAUCGAGAGCAGUCAAGAUCAGAGUGUCAAAUAUUGACCAACAAUACCAGAGUCUUUUCGGGGAAUACUCAAUCAAUUUCGGAGCAAACUCUAGGCCGGAAUCAAUCCAGGCCAAAAGCUCAAAUACAAACCAAAGGCCCCAAAUCGUCGUCAGGCGAUGCACGCGCAUCACCAAUAAAAGAGCGAGCACAUCGAGGACAAUCAAGACCCGUAGCUCAAACCCCUCUCACUCAAAAUACUCCAAAUGGGCAGUCUUCAUCCGCAGGACCGCAGGUCUUGUCCGAAAACUCGAACUCGAUUAUCAACAGCAACGUCUCCAUAAAUCCUUUACGCAUGAGCAAUGAAAAGCCACGUCAGAAACUCAUGUAUAGAGCGCUCCUUCCUUCGAAAGGCCAAAAGGAAGUGCAGACGAAUUCCAAUCCAACAGCAGAUGAGGACUCUCUUGUCGAAUUUGAUCUUGAUUUUCCUCUUUCAGCUUCCACGCUUGCCAUACUCGAAGAAUCGAAUCUAGACACGUCGACGAACGCCGAUACGUUGAUAGUAGGCAGUGUCAUAAAUCCAGACACUACUUUGGGGCAAAUCCAAAUACCAAAGAUUUCAAGGUCGCAGAACUCUCAAACGAGAUUACUGAACCGAAUUCCAACACAUGCUUCGGUGUACGGUCCUCUUGCUUCAUCAGCUGGGGUGGAAUUACAAGAUGACAUGGGCGAUGACCUAGCCGUGUUAAUGGCAUCUUCUCCCUUGGAGCCAGACAGCGAGCACGAGGUACUCGGUCAAAGAGCGCCUGUUAUGCGCAGUAAUUCGGAUAUAUCUCAUAUGGUUUCGGAAUCCAACUCAGAUCCCGCAGAAAAUUUAGCCCGCCCAUCAAUAGCAGAAGGACUUUCUACAACUGUCAUCAAGAGGAGCGAGCGUGUCUUUCGCAGAGCUCACUCGGAUACGAAUGCUUUACGGAAUUUGGACAACGCAAGUAAUGCCCUUUCUCGGCCACUUGCUACUACAGGACCUCCGAUGAAUGAACGGAAUAGUACUGUUAGGACUGAGUCUGGUCCGUGGACUGCGGAUGCAUUGGACUUUUUUGACUGGUGGCCACCUGGACGUCCGAUGCCUGCUUAA